UCACUAUAUUGCAACACUCCGGAUAUGCCCAUUGGGUGGAGUUUCAGCCAAGGAAAUAAUUCGAGCUACUGAUAUUUAGUCAUCCGAGUUGGUAAAACUAAAAUUUAGUAACUGGGUGUUGGUGAACUCAGCUGCUCCGGCCGGCACGCUACAAUACCAAUGAAUCCUGCUCUACGAUCCAGUGGCUUGUUCCGCACGAGUAUACUCAAAAAUGGGCUAUCCAGAAACCAGAGUAGCACGAUUAUUUACCAUUAUCCCCUGCCAGUGCACGGAUGAUUUUGAUCAUGGUACCACUGCACGGAUGAUUUUGAUCAUGGCACCACUGUUGAGGGCCCAAGGAUUAGCUCCUUAUGCAUCACCCUCUGCUCCGAAAGUAUAUUCUCAGUUACCGAUUUAGACUAUUUCCUCCCGGCUAUCUUUA